AGCGCGCUCAUCUAUACUUAAACCCGCUGAUGCAACGCGAAUCAUUCCACAAACGGGCUGAACGGUCGAACAAUCACGAACUCGUUGCAAAAAAACAAACAACAAUGAUGCCUGGUCAAAUCCCUGAUCCCAUGGUUACGGCCGGUUCUCUGCCCAGUGUCGGCCCAUUGGCUGGCAUUCCCGCCACCACUCUCACAGACCAGCUGAAACUAGCCGAACUCUACAGAAUAGGCGCUGUUCUGUCUCCUCUCAGCAUCCUAAACAGACACGCCAAGAGACCACUGAGUGUCAUCAAGGGUGAGAUAGAUGACGAUGACGAACGCAAAAAAAGAAGGCGAGAAAAAAAUAAAGUUGCAGCCGCUCGCUGUCGGAACAGAAAGAAGGAAAGAACAGACUAUCUCCAGAAGGAGUCAGAGCGGCUGGAGACGUUGAACUCAGAGCUGAAAUCUCAGAUUGAGGAGCUGAAAUCAGAGAGACAGCAACUCAUUGUGAUGCUCAACCUCCAUCGGCCCACCUGCAUCGUCCGCACAGACAGCGUGAAAACCCCCGAGGGUGACGAACACAUCAUGGAUCAACUCGCAGAGCAGUCCGACUGAAACAACAAACCAGAUAGAGCUGGCAAAGAGAGGAAGACAAGCAAACAUAUCAAAAACUGAACUGCAUUGAGUUGCCUGCAUUAUGCGCCAUGACGCCAGUAUGCAGCAGAUGAGGAAGAAGAAACUGAAGUUGGAACGUGUUCUUUAAACCACAGCAGGAUUCACUUUUAUUGUCAGACAAAAAGUGAUAACAAAACUCUAUAAAAUGUCUGUGAUCGGAAAUGUUACGUAAAAAUAACUCUUUCUGUUGCAAAUCAUGGAAUUGUUCCAUGAGUCAUCAGUCAUGGCUACGAUCACACAGUCAGUGUUUGGGAUUGGCAAAAGUGACAUACCGUCUGUAUGAACGAAUAACCAAAUUCAAGCCCUUUUCUUGUGUUUGUCAAUCCCAAACAUAGCCCUUGAGUAGUCUGCUGUGUGGACACUAAACAAACUUUCCCUGAGAUUAACCAAAAGAGUUAUGGACCUCUGCAACCACUGUCAUAAACCUGCCUGACAGCAGGUGUGGCUGUACUGCUGAGAAACAAGUGUAGCAUCUUUCAGUUGUUUGUUAGAUUGCAAAUAAGAUUUUGCUUUGAUUUAAUUACAUCAAGGCAAAUUCUCACAGCAGCCACCAGAUGUCGCUGUUGGAUCAUAUCCAUUGUUCACUGACGCUGGCGUCUCAAUUGACCUAUUGUUCACAGUUGUUUGCAUUAAUACAUUCAAUGUAUACUGCACUCUGUGUUUAAGAUAUGUAAUCUUUUAUACUGUGAUAUCAUAUUAUGUGCUGAGUUAUAUGUAUUUGUGUAUUCAGGAUGCCUGUGGAACAGGCACUUUUGUUACUAAGUAAUGUUUCUUUGUUACAUGGGGCAUCAAAAUAAAGCCUAUUUUUUAAAUAUA